GAACGCAAACUCACAGACGCGUUUACAACUGGCUCCGCGUUAAAUGAAGUCGUGAAAGUCAAAGAUCGUAAACAUAUUUGUGCCUUUUACUCCGAAAACUCUCGUAAAAGUGCUUUUCCCCGCAACUGAAAAUUUCUGACGAAGAUGUCAUUAAGUUCGAACGCGUUCAUGUUAUUGUGGAAACUUCGUGCUAACUUUGGAUACGUUACCUGUCAGUGUUUUUAAAGUGAUUGCUGCCACUUGUUGAUCGUGGGGCGUUACCUCUGUCAUCCUGUCCUUGAUAGCUUACCUGUGUGUCAACUUUAAGAGCAAGAACAGUGAGCGAUGUGCGCGUGCGCGAGACCUUCGUGAUCUCGGUGAGCAGCGGCCAGCAGUCCGAGGAGGAGGCGAUGACCCAGCUCUCCGGCCCGAGUCCCCAGACCCCGGCCGGGCAACCCCUCAAGUCCACAUCCAAGGACGUUCACAACGAAAGCACAGGAACAGUGUGUGAAAUCAAGACAAUCGUUUCCAGAACGCCGGAAGAAUCUCCCAGCGAUGCGAUGAAGGAUCCCAAGAUAAACAUCGACAACAACAACACCCUUCACAGUAUCAACAACAACAACACUACUACUCCGGUCAUCUCGGUCCAGACACCUAGGCAUCGCGAACGGGCCGUCGACGUUCCAGACACGUUUGUUGCUGUUGCCAAGACUGCACCCAGAUAUCCUCCACCACGGAAGAAGCCUCCGUCCAUUCGUGAGACUUCGAGCCUCAAGAAGAAUGGACUGUAUCGCUUCAGCACCGAGUCUGCAGGCAGUGGUCGACAUGUGCGCUCCGUCUCCUCGCAGGAUGGUCAGGCGAAGGAAGAGGAAAGGCGCCGGACUCCGCCCACGCCCCGGAUCUCGGAGUUAGUUCGCGGCGCCCCGAAGACAGAAGAAAAGAAAGACGAAGCCCUUCCAAAGGAUGAUAUGCAAAUGGACAGGAUACGAAAAUAUCAGGAAGAACUGAAGAAGCGGCGAGAGGACUCGGAUCGUCAAGCCAAGGAAAAUGAGUUCUUGCGUUCUUCCCUCAGAGAUUCUCAGAAAUUGCGUGCCUUAGAGAAGCAGCGCAAACGGGACUCCACCGGGUUGGAGAACUCGGCGUUCCGACUUGAGGAAUCGGAUCCGGGUACGACAGUCCAUUCAGAACGAUUAGUGAGCCAGACGGUAGAUGGUGAACCACAGGAGCUCCGAAAACUUUACACUUCCGCAGAACUUGUGAAUAUUUUACACAAUGUGGAGUCGUUGCUUUCCAAGACUGGAUUUGAGGAAAGUCUGUUACCCUUAGAGAAGCUCUUGCAUUCCCAAGAGUUCCAGCCUUUGCUCAAUCUACACAAUAAAGUUCAGGAGACGUGUUGUUUCAAGUGCCUCCCUAAUCCUUUAUGUACAGAUGCACAAGUCAUCUCUCUUGAAGUUGUGCGAGCGCUUCAAGAUGUCCCUUCCAAGGAAUCCAAAGAACUACUACAUAUUUUAGGACAACAUUCUUUUGAGAACUUGAUGUUCUGUCAUGACAAAGUGGCAGCUGCUCAAAUUGUGCCAGAAGUGUCCGAGGAAGAGGAGCUCCUAUCGCGAGUGUCACAGUACACAGAAGAGAGCAUAAAGAUAGUUCGUAUCGACAAAACCACUGAACCACUAGGUGCUACAGUCAAAAAUGAUGGUGAAGCAGUUGUUGUAGGACGAAUUGUGAAGGGAGGUGUGGCUGAAAAAAGUGGUUUACUUCACGAGGGUGAUGAAAUAUUGGAAGUGAAUGGACUAGAGUUAAGAGGCAAAUCAGUGAAUGAUGUUUGUGAUAUAAUGGCGACUAUGACUGGUACAUUGACAUUCCUUAUUGUUCCUGGUCAGUUUGAUAGCCCAAAGCCACAAACCAGGGAAGGAGUAAUACACCUAAAAGCACACUUUGAUUAUGAACCAGAUGAUGAUCUUUACAUUCCAUGUCGGGAAUUGGGAAUGUCAUUUCAGAAAGGAGAUGUGUUACAUGUCAUUAGCCAAGAAGAUUCAAAUUGGUGGCAAGCCUACAGAGAAGGAGAAGAAGAUCAGGUCCUUGCCGGUCUGAUUCCCAGCAAAAGUUUCCAACAACAGAGAGAAGUAAUGAAGCAAGCUGUUGUUGGAGACACUAGAGAAAGAAAAACAAAAAAAGGAAAAUUUUUGUGUGCAAGAAGAUAUCAUAGGAGGAAAAAAAAGAAGAUGCAUAACUUGAAUUAUAAUGAUGAUACAGACAGUGAACAGAUCCUAACGUAUGAAGAAGUCCGACUGUAUUAUCCACGAGCGCAUCAAAAACGCCCUCUGGUUCUCAUAGGUCCUCAAAAAGUUGGUCGGCAUGAAUUGAGGCAAAGGCUAAUGGAAGAUACAAAUCGGUUUGCAGCUGCUGUUCCUCAUACUAGCAGGACAAAGAAAGACAGUGAGAUAAAUGGAGUGGAUUAUUUCUUCAUCAGUCGCACUCAGUUUGAAGCAGAUAUUUUAGCCGGUCGAUUUGUGGAGCAUGGGGAAUAUCAAAAGAGUUACUAUGGUACAAGCUUGGAUGCUAUACGAAGUGUCAUUGAUGCUGGCAAAACCUGCAUUUUAAACCUUCAUCCACAGUCCCUCAGAAUCUUGAAGAAAUCUGACCUGAUGCCUUAUGUAGUUUUCAUCGCCCCACCUUCCCUGGAAAAACUGCGCCAAAAUUGUUUGAAGAUGGACGGCGCAGUGAAAGAUGAGGAACUGCGGGACAUAAUAGAGAAAGCUCGUGAAAUGGAAGAAUUUUACGGCCACUAUUUUGAUCUUGUUCUCAUAAAUGUGGACCUUGAGAAAACUUACAGUGAACUCUUGCACGAAAUCAGUGUCAUCGAACGAGAACCUCAGUGGGUUCCAGCGGGAUGGAUUAGAGAUGACCCCACCUGAAAACAACUGUAUUUUAAAGCAUUUUAAAAACUCUGCCUUAAACACAGGGCUUAGAAACAUAUUUUUGCCCUUUCCAAUGUAUUUAGUUUUUGAAUUUUUCAUAACCAAGUGCAAGCAAGGCAGCUGGAUAUGUAUGUGGUGUACAAAAUGUUUCUUAAAAGGUCAAUGGUACAUUGAUUAUUUCAAGAGCUAAGAUAUUGUUUUGUUGUUGAAUUCUUUAAACAAAAAAGGACAAAGCUAAUGGUUAUUUUUUAUUGUAUUAUAUCAUCCUUUUAUCAAAAACACACUUAUGGUUUUCAGGUUCAUAAAAAUUGAUAAACUGAAAUCGUACCCUAUGUUAAUGGAUUCUAGCAAGAAUCAAGCUUUGAAAUUAUGAAAAGUCAACAGGAAAGUAAAACAGUAACCCCACGAUAUAUCGCGCUAUGUUUUUAUUGUUUUUUGGUGGCAUAAGAAUCAAAAAUUGCUACUUAAACUGCAAAGAAAUAAGUCCAUAGAAAAUUUGUUAGUUUUGUUAAUUGAUUAAAAAAAGAAAAUAUUUUUUCUCUGAAAUAUAACCUUUCUUUUCUGUAAUGUUAGCUUUAGUGAAACUUUUUUUUUUAUUUUAAUCUUUUUACCAACAAUAGAAAAGCGAUAUAAUGAGGGAUUACUGUAUUUCAACUAAAUCAUGAUAUCAAUUGCUCAAUAUUUUUGUUAGUAUUAAAGGUUACAACGUUCACGCAUCACAGCAAGAAUUAGUUUGUUGUGAAAACAUUCUCAGAACUCUACUACACUAUGAACUGAAGCUCUUUGAGCUUUUAAUCUAAUUGAAGCUUUUUUUACUAUUGAUUUGUUUGUAUAUAAACAAAGUCGUUUUACAUACUCAUCCUAUAAAUGUUUUAUAACGUCUGUCAUGCAAUAUUGUUGAUUUCUCUCAAAAUAAUGAUGACAAUCAAGUUAGUUGGUACUUGAACUAUGUUAUUGUUAUAAGUGGAAGGUAUUUUCUUCCGCGUGUAUAAUAUUUGUUAGUUUGCAUAUGCGUAUGAAAUGCUGAAAUUUUUUAAUGAUUGUUUAAAUGUUCUAUUUUAUCAUCAUUAUUUUAGAGCAUUGUUUCUCAAGUUUGUCAAAAUUAGUAAAAUAUUGUAAUAUAAAUGUUCUUAGUCAUUUUUCUGAAAUACUUAACACUAUGCCAUCACUAAAAUAUCAUUAUUUACUGGCUAACUUUUACUUGUUAUAGAGAUUAAUUUUCUUAUCAUUUAAGCAUUUAAAUGUAUAUCUUUGAAUCUCUGUCACAUGGAGGCCUUACAAAUUUACAUUAAAAACAUUUUCAAGUUUUAAGUACAUAACUAGCAAUGAACUUUAUUUUGAACUUCUGACGUCAUUUAGAUUCUUUUUUGUGUGUAAUCAAAAUACAAUAGAAAAUCUAUUUAUAAACUUUUUAUACAUUCAAUGUAGAUAUUGAAAAGAAUGUUUUAGUAACAUAAAUAUGGUUAUUAUCUUUGUCACAACUUGUUGCAAACAGGGAGAGUGGUCAAGAUCUCACAAAAAACUACACAUGGGGAAAGCCAGGAUGCUUUGGGUCCUGAAAGUUGAUCUAUCAGACUUUUCUUAUAGAUCCCCCAUAAACAGAUUCCUUGACAUUUUUGAAUCUUUCAAUAUUUCAAUCAGGUUUUCUGUAAUGCCAUUCACACAUUGAAUCUCAAUUAUUUUUGUUAUUAUAAAUUUUGAUGAAAGACAUUUUUAUCCUUAUAGAGCCAAUUUUUAUUUAAGUCAAAUAUUUUACAUUAAAUUUACACAGUAGAAACC